AUGUGGCGUAAAUUCACGGCUGAUAGCCCGACGACAGACAGACCUGCUGGCAUAACAAUGGCAGAGGUGUUCUCGCCAAUGUUAGAGCCCACUUCACUCGAAGCUACCAUUUCAGAAUGCUCACUCGAAGCGAAACCGUCUGAUAUUUUUACACAAAAACUCAAAGAAAGAGUGCUCUCUUGCUGCUACAUUAUGUUGAUUAUGUUUAUUCCUAUUGUCAUUUUUGUCCUUGUUUUGGAAUAUCGGCGACUUAUGUUGACUGAUCCUGAACCCUAUAUUGCAAAUGGAACAUUCCAUUUGGCCCAUACAUCAUGUGGACCUGUGCAAGGGAUGGCGCUAGAUGGUGGUUUUGAAUUCCUUGGUAUUCCAUAUGCCAUUCCUCCUGUUAGCCACAGCAAAUCAAAACAUGCAUCUGAUGAUGUUGAUUAUACAUGGAUGCCUGGGACUCCUCCAUUUAGGCUUGAACACUGCUGGAAAGAUGUACUGAAAUAUCCGAAAUCGAAACCGCAAGAUUGUCUUCAAAUACGGCCUUCCUCGAAAGGAAAUUUCGAGACUUAUGGUAGCCAAGACUGUCUCACUCUUGAUGUAUAUUCCCCUAUUAUUGGUUACGACACUCCAUCGCCGGUGGUUGUUGUGAUUGCUAUUCCAACCCUGUACGGUGGCUGGACUGAUCAAGCACAUCAAGAUCAAGCUACUCCGUCCGCUGCGCUAGCUAAGGAGAAAGGUGUUGUAUUUGUGGUCCCGCGGUUCCGCCUUGGGCCGAUGGGGUUCCUUCCACGCCUCCUUCUUAAUGACACCUCGUCUGUUAUCAAGGAUAGCACUAGCUUCCAGGAUUCGGUUCUCCAGGCCCAAAAAACCCAGUUGAAACUUGAAAAGUCGUACAACCUUGGCUUGACCGACCUGUUUGCAUCGCUUAUAUGGAUUUCAUCUAAUAUUGAGCAUUUUGGUGGAGAUCCCAGUCUUGUCACGUUACUUGGUUGGGGAGCUGGAGCUGAUUUGGUAAACUCCUUGACGACAUCCAAGCACCCUGAAAAACACCCUUAUCUUUUCACGCAAGCGUGGGUGACGCACGGUCAUUUGACACAAGUUGAAAAUGAAGUGCAAUUUGAUGUAUCUAAAAACCGAUCUGACUCGGUUUUCAAAGCUGGCUACAACCUAUGGUCAAACAGUCCAUGCAAUUCAAAAAAUUCCAGUUACGACCCCCUCUGUUUAAUUUCAUUGCCACCGCGAAAGAUUUUGGAAUCAGUUCCGCACGAAUGGCUGAAACCUUCCGGUCAUUCCUGGCUAGAACCGGAUAGUUUUGUUUAUCGCCAAUCUGCCAAGGCCGUUUGGUCCAAGGGACAUCCACCUUACGAUUUUCCAUUAGUGCUUGGAUCCACCGUUCAUGGCGAUGCUGAUACGCUUUCCGACUGUGAGGCGAUCGAAAAUCAAGUGGCUACCGAAAUCGCCACACUUCGCCAUUCCAAUUCAGCCGAAUCGGCUAAAUCGACCGAGUCUAUCGAAUCCGGCGAAUCCGCCGAAAAUAUGAUAACCCGCGGCAAUUCAACGGACGUCCAAGAGGAGCUUGCCCGGCUAAGCACAACUCAACUGACUUGCCCUCUCUGGAAUCUGGCACAAAAAGCCGACCAGUCUUUCAAUAGCGGGGUUUUUUUCUACCUGGUCUCGUUUGAGGAGACGGUACCAUGUCGGGACGGGACACGCCUGCGCCUGGCCGGAGGGUUGUCGGAUAUCAGCGCCAUCUUAGGACGUUAUCGUCAUACGGACAAAGCUUCCACUCGUUUCGCAUCUCAUUUCCAAGACGUUUUUUAUGAUUUUGUUGUCGACGGGACGUUGCCGGGUAAAGUUCGUGCCAGUCAAGGCCUUUAUGAUUUUGGAGAUAUCAUGCAAAUGAGGACGAGUUAUCCACAAUGUGCCGCCGUACGGCAAUGAUUGCCAUUCUUUCCAGUUGAAUAUUAAUGACUACUAGUGUAUCACUGUCUGCAUUCCCGUCGCACUUUUUUAUUGGAGCUGGUUUGCACGCAUCGAACCCACUGACGCGGGUUUAAGUAAUUAUGUGAACAAUUUCGCACCCAGAUUGGCAGCCGUAUUUUAACAUGACGAUAAAAAAUUUUAGUUAUUCGUAUACUUCUUGUCUUCCCCCAUUUUAAAAAAAUAUUAUUUAACUUCUAGUCGAGAGUAUAAAGCACCGCUCAUAAUCUCUGUACUCUGUAGUAAAAGGUCCAUAUAUAACUCCCAUGUAAUACACUUACUUCGGUGGCUGAAUCGAAAUGCA